AUUCACAGGUGGGGAGACAAAACACAGCACAGUAUCCCUUAUUUAUUUUUUAUUUUAAAAUAUAUUAUCUCUUAGCGUCUCUAAUGUUUCUUGCGUGGGGAGUGGUUUGCCAGUGUACCCAGAAAAGGAAUGCCGCAAACGGGGAGCGGCGGUUGAGCGCUACCGCGGACGACAGAAAGGAGGGAGGAGGUGGAGGGGGCGAGGGAGAAGGUGCGCGUGCGAGCACAAUAACGCGCAUUACCCCCUCGUUUAUGCUUAAAAUCCAGCCAAACACACUCACGAGUUGUUUAAAGGGUGUACUUUUCGACAGAAACAGCUUUUUGAGCUCAAAACCAGCCCAAAACUUAGCGUUCGUGGAGCUUAUGGUCGGGCGUCGGUCAAGCUCGCCCUCAAUAAGCGAGUCAGACCCCGAAGUCGAGUUUCACAAUUAAACAACUGAAGUUCAAGCUCACUAAAACGGCCUUUAUUUUGACACAAUCCAGCAUACGCGUUUGUCUUCGUAUAAUGUUAAUAACCAGGGACUCCGAUGUAAAAAGUGCCAAAAAAUACACUAGACGCGAGGACAUUGUUGCUUUUUCUUUUUUUUUUUUCCAGCGUCAUGUGUUUUUCAGACACGUUUUAGCCGUGACGAGAAUACAAACCUUCCUCCCUUCCUCCCAAACGCGCCAUCCACUUUAUAAUAAGUCACAUUUGAGCGACUUAUCCCGUGGCUAUACUGCCAUGGAAGUGCCAUCUGCGUCACUUUUUUUUUUAAUCGAUGGACGCGUGACGAGGCGACACGGCAACCCUCUGCUUGCAUUAUCGGACACUGAAAGAGCGCGGUUGAUAUAUCGGAGUAUUUCCAUAUAAAAGUGGUUGGUAAUUGUAAACGACAACGACAAGCUUGCUUGCUUGCUCGACUGGAUGGACGUGGCCGUCCGUCCGAUGUGGGUUAAGCCGUGAUCACGUCGAGUUAGUCCCCGUAAAAAUCAAUUUAAAAGGUGAUGCAAAACACGUAUAUUGGAUCACCCGAUGUGUGAACGGGACUUGUAUGAUAACGGACGCGUCCAAACGCCAAAUUAGGGUUGCAUGCGCGUCGCUUCAAAGAGCCCCCCCCCCCCCCUCCUACAAAACGCCCUCUUCGCUCGCACCACGCACGCACAAUGGCGAGACAUUCGAACUGCAUGCGCACUUCGUAGGAAAUGUGCGAAAAACAACACAAACCACCUCCCGUCGGCUCUUUAUAUGUUGUCGCUUGCGUUGUAGCGAUCAAGAAUGAAUGCAUCCACCGACGAGGAUCACAUCGGCGUGUGUUUUUAGCGCCACACGAUCCUCGGUUGGUGCUUUUUCAGGGGCGGUAGUGAAAGUUGUGUGAAAUGCGGCGAGGCGAGGCGCGCUCCUCGACACGCAGCAGCGAAGCUCGUUCACGAGCCGCCCCGUCGAACAAGAAACGUCCCAUCAACUCGUUAUUUUCCCUUCUUUCUCCAAAGUUGUGUGGCUCGUGAGUCACAGCUAAUGAUUUACCUCCACUGGGGUCAAAUUGCGACAUGUGCACGAGUAUUUUUCAGACGCGUUCGGAUCGUCAGCUCCCUGCAGUCGUGUCAACAAUCCCUUCGGGUUGAACGCACUGGGGACGAGCAGGCUUUUCUUCCAGGACCUGCACAGCACGGUUCAACCAUGUUGUUUGUGUUUUGCAAACGGAAAGUAACAGAAACUAGAAAGCAGCGAGAAAAAGUUUCAUCUUCAGCCGACACCUCCAUGGCCAUGGACACGGAUAGCAAUAUGGACGAGGAAGGGGGCGACGAGAGCCGGGACGGCCAGGACGGUCCUUUCCCCUCACCGGGCCCCGUGUGCUUGGCCACAUCGGCGGUAUUGCGAGCAGCGUCCGCCCCCUGCUCGCCCUCUCACGCUCGUCCCGCUCCCGGCCCGGGUCGCAGCCCUGGUGCGGCCCCAGGCGCCGGUCUGGAUUGCGUCAUCUCCUUCCAAAUGGCUACCGCCAGGCCCAGCUCCCUGCCCGCUUCCAGCCCAAAGUCCCUCACAUACAACAACUUGGCCAACGGGACCAAUGGUGUCGCCAGCUGCCCGGUGGAGCGCCAGGAGCUUGGAAUGCACACAGAUAAAGUAUGUCCAGUGACAGUCCACCCUGUAGCCAUCUGCCCGAGCGCUCCCAAGAACAACCUGAAGGAGGAGGACAAGAUGGAGGACAGCAGCCCCCUCUUGGACCAACUGGUACCCGACUACGCCGUGCAACUGGAGAGGAGCGGAGAUGCGUCCCAGGUUAGAGUGCAGGUGCUGUCAUCGUCGAACGACUGCACUCUAAAGAAGAACGCGGAAAUACUCGCCUCCUUGGCACAAGCCGAGAGCGUCCACGUGAACGGCAACGAUAACGAUAAAAGCGACGAGCUCUCGGUGAAGAAAGAGAAGUUGAGUCAAAACUUGCUGCAGUGGACGGCGGCCGACGUGGCCAGUUACUUUGCCGAUGCUGGCUUUCCAGAGCAGGCCCUGGCCUUCAGGACGCAGGAGAUCGACGGCAAGUCGCUGCUGCUCAUGCAACGCAGCGACGUUCUGACCGGUCUCUCCAUCCGACUGGGGCCCGCGCUCAAAAUCUACGAGCGCCACAUCAAGGUGCUGCAAAGGAGCCACUUCCUGGAGUGCGACGACCUCUGAUGGACUACAUCGGGGGAAGAGCGAGUGAACUCUUCCACUAGGAUCCUGCCCACACGAUGCAUAUAUUGAUGUGUGGAGGAAGGAAAGGACCUGUGACAAAACAAUCAUCCUACCUCUCAUGAUCCUCGUUCUCCCCCAUGCAAAAGGAGCAGUGGCCCUUUAAGAAAAGCCACACGUGCACUUCCUGUGGACUUUCUGACUGCGACGCGUUUCGCCUCUGACUCCCACCAAAGUCUCGCAGCUAAAACAAAACCCUCGCGUGUUACGUGUACACACAUCCAGUUCCUGGCGUAGCUGCUAACACGUGACCUUCCAUGUUCAUUUCUCUCGUUAUGUACCUCAUUGCGUUUUGUUAGCGGCGACACACGUGGUUGAUCAUCAAAAAAAACAAAGCAGGCAAUAUUGAAGAUUUAAAAGGCCAACGCGGUGGACCACAUGCAAUAUUUUCAGUGUUAAUCGUCUGCCGCUUUGUUCGUGUUGUGAUACAAGUCAUCCAUUUGAAGCGUGUAACAUUCCAUAGCAUGUAGCAUUUUUUUUUUUUUUUUUUUAAAUCAAUCAGUCCAUGCUUCCGACAAGAGUCACAAAUAAAGUUCACGCCUGUUUGA